AUGGAGGACUCACCCGCCAUGGAAACGGAAAUUCACCAUGCGCCAGAAGGCGAAUUCCCUCAUUCUCCCUGGACAGAGUUAGGCGCAUUUACUUCCCCUCAGCAUUCUCCUCCUAUGCCCGAAUAUAAUGGUUUCGAAUAUGGUCCUUCGCCCAUUAUGACCGUGGACCCCUCUUAUGGCAUGUCGCUACCGCCACCUUAUGCCUCGAUGCCUCUACCGAUGCCCUCGCAUUCCUGGCCCAGCAUGCUCACUCACCAAUCUCCUUUCCAUGAAAAUGGACUUCCGCCUACCCCAAUGCCAACUGCCAUCUCACCUUCUGAGCCUAUACCUCCAGCUCCGAGUCGCAAGGCUUCUACUGGCGGCUCGACACCACGCAAAACCUUGACCGAUGAAGAUCGCCGACAAAUGUGUCUAUAUCAUGAGGAAAAUAAGACUGCGAAACAAACAGAUAUUGGAGCCUUAUUUGGAGUUGAAAGAAGUACCGUCUCCAAAGUUUUGCGCCAAAAGGAAAAAUACUUGAAUCCUGAUGAUGGAAACCGGUCGCCUAUCAAGCGAACUAAGGGUCGAGUUCCCGAUAUCGAGAAAGCUCUAUCAAACUGGGCACGGAACUACUCGCGCCGAGGCUUACCUAUCAACGAUGACAUGAUCAAGGAGAAAGCCCUUUUUUUCGCUGCAACUUGCGGCUGUCCUCCUGAGGGUAAGGAUCGAGUACUGUCCACAAGCUGGCUCGAGAAAUUCAAGCAGAAGAACAACCUGCUCGGCGCCAAGUCACGCAAGGGCUCUUUAGAUGCUGGCCGAAGCGGAUCCGUCAGCCCUACUUGCAUCGACACCAACUGUGGCAACGUAUCAGUCCUUCGGAGUCCUAACAGCCACUCUCCCAUCUCGCCAACAAAUAUGUUUGGUUCGCCCAUCUCUCCUCUCCAGAGCCCGGAUGGAAUCAAGGAAGAAAUGGAAGCACUCCCUGAACUCACAGGUGGAUAUCUACACAAUCAUUCCAAAAGCACAACUUCCCUGGAUACUAGCUCGACUGGAAUGACGAGCCCAAGCUCAACUCUAAUUUCCGAUAGCCCUUUUACGCCGACAAGCCAGUCUCGUCUUCCAUGCUCGGGUCCCAACACAAACCGACCGCGCAGCUCUACCUAUCCUCUUGCACCCAUUGACCCUACCUUGAUCACUGCGGACCACUCAAUGGAUAGAGAGUACACCAAGAUCGAACCAAACCAUCACGUUGCUAUUCUCGAGUCACCCUUGGACUUUGGAGAUGAGGAAGCCCGUGCUGCGAUCAAGGGUACCGAUCCCAGGAAAUUGAUAAAGCGAAAUCGCAGCAAUCCCGAGAUCAAGACAAAGUCUAUGCAGCCACCUCCUAUCGUUUCCAAAUCCACGACAGUUUCCCCGAUUAGUGCACCCGGGUCUCCAACUCAAGAUGAAGCCCGCAAUGCACUGGAGCUAGUAAUGAACUACUUCCAACACCAACCAGCUGGUCUUGCAGCCCAGGAAUAUGUCACCAUUGGAAAGUUGAUGGAGCGUCUUGAGCUUGCCAAGAGCCAGGGACAUCAUAUUCUAGGCGGUCUUUCUCGAAUCGAUGAAUACGACGAUGUUCCUCGUCUUAGCAAGAAGCGAAGCAUCCACAGUCUUGGAUGA